AUGGCGAAAUGGAGAGUGUGCCGCGGCCCUGUGAUGCUGCCUCUGUCCUGGACGGAUGAGCUGACUACAACCGGGGUGCGCUGCAGCAGCAGUAUGCCGGUGAUCCGACAAGCAUUUUCAGAGAGCAGCAGCAGCAUUGUUCGACCUUUCAAUGAGAUUCCUGGACUUUGGAAAAAUGGGGUGGCCAACCUGUACAAUUUCUGGAAACUGGAUGGCUUCAAAAAUCUUCAUCGCAUCAUGUUGCAGAACUUCAACACUUUUGGACCCAUUUACAGGUAUGAAGAAAAGUAAAAUAGACCUGUGCUGCACUAUUUUUCCCUUGAGGUAAACAACAUGCACAACAGUAGGCAAAACAGAUAAUCAUGUCACGAUUGCAAACAUAUUUUUGUCAAAAUAUUUUCAUUUAUGAAAAGGUUUUCUGAUGCCCCAAGGUCAUCCUCUAUAAGAACAACAAGCUGAUUAAAGAUUUUCACUCCUUUCUCCCUCCCACUUCGUCUCACUCUGACCCUGUAUGUCAGAGAAAAAAUAGGUUAUUAUGAAAGUGUAAAUAUCAUCAAUCCUGAAGAUGCCGCAAUCCUGUUCAAAGCAGAGGGCCAUUAUCCUAAAAGGCUGAAAGUUGAAGCAUGGACAUCAUACAGAGACUACAGGAACCGCAAAUAUGGAGUUUUACUCAAGUAUGUGCUGUUAUUAUUACCCCCACUGUACUGUGGUGUAGAUGUGAUACAGUCAAUAUUUCAUUUAAAGUCUUGCUAGUUUGAGUAAUUCAUUAUUCCCACAGGAAUGGAGAAGAGUGGAGAACAAACCGUGUCAUUCUCAACAAAGAAGUGAUUUCUCCAAAGGUGCAGGAAAACUUUGUGCCUCUGCUGGAGGAAGUGGGGGAGGAUUUUGUGGCUAGAGUUCACAAAAAGAUUGAGCGAAGCGGGCAGAACAAAUGGACCACCGACCUCUCUCAAGAACUCUUUAAAUAUGCACUAGAGUGUGAGACAUGGUUUAUCUCUACUUGGUCUUCAAGUGUUAGUUAUUUAUCUCACUAACUUUGUACACUACAGCAGCUUUUCUCUGAUAUAUUGUUUGUUUAUGUCUUGUGUUUGCACAGCGGUGAGUUCAGUGCUUUAUGGAGAGCGUCUGGGUUUGAUGCUGGACUACAUUGACCCUGAAGCCCAACAUUUCAUUGACUGCAUCACCGUUAUGUUUAAGACUACCUCUCCCAUGCUCUACAUACCUCCUGCUCUGUUGAAGCAGAUGGGUUCAAAGAUUUGGCGCGACCAUGUCGAGGCCUGGGACGGGAUAUUUAACCAAGGUAGGACCGAUAAAAUUAGUAUUGAGUUUUUUUUAGCUGGUUUCUUAAAUUUCUUGGUUUUUGUUCCUUAAAAGUUUCAGUGGAUGUCUUAUUGUCAUUUACAUUCUUUUAGCUGAUCGCUGCAUCCAGAACAUCUACAGGCAGCUUCGCAAGGAGAAAGAGACAGGCCCUCCAAGGAACUACCCAGGAGUCCUUGCUAGUCUGCUCAUGCUGGACAAGUUAUCAAUUGAAGACAUCAAAGCCAGCAUCACUGAGCUCAUGGCUGGAGGAGUAGAUACAGUGAGAAAUCUAACUUCAAGAUCAAAUAUGUGAAAUACCUUCUCACUGCUUUCCUCAGUCUGCCUAAUCCUCUUUUAUGUGUUUCAGACUUCCAUUACACUGCUGUGGACAUUGUAUGAAUUAGCUAGACACCCCAACCUUCAGGAGGAACUGAGGGCAGAGGUGGCUGCAGCUCGGGCUGAGAGUCAAGGAGACAUGCUGGAGAUGUUGAAGCGGAUACCACUAGUGAAAGGAGCUUUGAAAGAGACACUCAGGUGAAAAGAUGAUGUUCCAAGAGAUAAAAUGAUCGCUCCAAGACUAAAUUAUGUUGAAAUCAAAUUCAGCAGUUUUGUACUCUUCUGAUCCUGUGCAGUUCUGUAACAUAUCCACCCUAGUUAACAAGCUUCAAUUUAAAACUGAAUUUUCAUUUUUAUCUCUCAGGUUACAUCCUGUUGCAGUGAGCUUGCAAAGAUACAUUGCAGAGGAUAUCAUCAUUCAAAAUUACCACAUCCCAUCAGGGGUGAGAGGCUUUUUAAAGUCUGAAUCGUCUCAUGAUGGUUUAUAUUUAAGUUUGGUAACAUUUUACUUGACGCCUAUCUCUUUAACGCAUUAUAAAUAUAUUUAUAAUGCAUUAUAAUCAGGUUAUAGCACUGUGUUACAAUAGUUAUUAACACUAAUAAAUGAUCAUAAUGCUUUAUAGUAACAAUCAUAACACAUUAAAAAGCAUUUUAUCAUGACUUACAAGGUCAGGUAUUAUGUGUGAUGCUUAUUGUUAUAAAGCCUUACGAUAAUUAAUGCGUGUUUGUAAUUAUAGUUAUAUAAGUUUAUAACUACAGUGCUAUAACAUGAUUAUAACGCAUUAUACAUAUAUUUAUAAUGUGUUAUAGAGAGAGGUGUCAAGUAAAGUGUUACCUAAAGUUUUUUUUUAUAAGCCCCAGAAAACUGUUUUAGGCAAGUGUUCAUGGCUCACCUUUUCAUGUGUUUACUUUUAGACCCUCGUACAGUUGGGACUGUAUGCAAUGGGCAGAGACCCCAAAGUGUUUUUUCAUCCGGAGCAGUAUCAGCCUUCCCGCUGGCUGAGGACAGAGACGCACUACUUCAGGAGCCUGGGCUUCGGUUUCGGCCCUCGCCAGUGUCUAGGACGCAGGAUAGCUGAGACAGAAAUGCAAAUCUUCCUCAUCCAUGUGAGACAUGCCAUAAAAAGCAAAGGCGCUGCCUUGUACUUUUGUGGUGUUUUUAGCUUCAUUUUGACUGUGUGCGUUUUUUCCUGUCUUUGCAGAUGCUUGAGAACUUCAAAGUGGAGAAACAGCGCCAUGUGGAAGUGCAGAGUACCUUUGAGCUUAUUCUAUUACCAGAAAAGCCUAUCAUCUUGACGUUGAGGCCACUUCAUACCAAUCGGUAA